AUGUCCGAAGCCACUUCGUUGUUAACAGCGGCCUCCAAGCCAUCGACCGAGGCGAAGCAGUGGGCCAAGUUCGCUCUUGUUGGCGGGCUUGUCGUGGUUGGCAUUGGUGGCGUCGUUUGGGCCACCACCGCCGCGCCACCUCCAACCACGAUCACGACUGGAAUCAACGCCAUGUUUGCCAACAUGGACGAGAGUGUUGACCCGUGCGACGACUUUUACCAGUACGGUUGCGGCGGGUGGCUCAAAGCAAACGACCUCUCCGACAGCAACAUCGACACGUCGUUUUACAUUGUGAACAAAAACAACGACAAGAUUAUUGACCACAUCAUGGCUACCAAGCCGGACGUGAUCGAUCCGUAUACUAUCAAGCUUCUUCGGCACAUUGCGACCCUACCUUCCGUCGACGACUUGGUGUCGUAUGCCGGCGAGCUGUUUGCAAACACUGCGUCGGAUGCGUUCUUUGACGUCAACGUCCUGCCCGAUAUGAAGCACACGUCUAUGAACGUGCUGACGUUGACACAAGGCGGUUUGACGCUGCCGUCGAUCGAGUACUGCUCAAACCGGGCCACGUACUUGGCAGUGUUGAAAGAGUAUAUCGCGAGCUUGGCCGCGCACUUGGACAGCUUCUAUGGUGUGGACGCCGCCAAGUUGUUUGACUUUGAAGCUUCCUUUGCCAACAUUUCCCUGACCAACGGCGACAUCUACCUUCGCGGGGCGCGGCCAUCCUUGUUCAACCAGUCAAAUGUGGACGCGCUCGUGACCAUGCCAUCGUUUUUCACGGCGCAGUCACCGCUAGUCGACAUGGCUGACGUGGGCUUGGUCCAGGCAUAUGUGAGCUUUCGCUUGGUGCAUGCGCGGAGUUCGCUCCUCGGGGAUACGUUUCGGCUUAUCCACCACAGGUUUCAGAGCGUCGUAAACGGCCAUCGAAUCCCGGCAACUGUUUUGUAUGAACCUGGUCAAAACCCAGCCGCCAAGACGCAGGCACGUGCCCUCAUCAAGCAGAUCGAAGACGCCAUGGUCGACUUGCUCAACAACGUCGACUGGCUCGACAACACGGCCCGCCGCGUCGCACUCGACAAGGUAGCCCACGUCGCCAACUUUGUUGGCGGCCCCGACUCGGUCGACCCGCUCCCGUUUGCCCUGAUCGACGUGUCCUUUGCCAAGCUCGGCCCCGCCGUGGACCCCACCCAAUGGGACAUGUUUGCGCUUACUGCCGACGCAUACAACGACCCGACGGCCAACAAGAUGGAGUUCGCGGCGGCGUUUUUGCAAAAGCCCGUCUACGGCGCUCGGUCGUUCCCGGCUGUCGCCAACUACGCCCGCAUCGGCGUCGUCAUGGGCCACGAAUGGACUCAUGGAUUUGACGAUGCCGGCCGAAACUUUGACCCGUACGGGCAAUUGACCGACUGGUGGACGGCCGGGGUCAAGAAAACGUUUGUCAAGAACGCGCAGUGCCUCGUCGACCAAUACUCCAAUUUCCCAGUGCACUCGGACAAAACCAACGCCAUCCUCGGGCAUCUGUCGUACAUGGUGUACCAGAAGGCCAAGCAGGUCGACCCGUCGAUUGCGGACAUCGGGUACGACGACGCCAAGCUGUUCUUUACCGCGUUUGUCCAGGGGUGGUGGUGCAAGAAAGCCACGGACAACUACAACGUCAAUUGGCUGCACACCAACCCGCACGGCAUGGCGCGCCAAAGGCCCGAUGAUGAACUCGCCAAUAUUUACCGACGCGUUCCAGUGCCCCCUGGGAUCGCCCAUGAACCCUGCCAAGAAAUGUGUCGUGUGAAACCCAUGUAUUUCACCGACAUCCACACGGCGGCGAAGAAGGAAGACAGCCACGUCAUUGCAAAACUCUUGGCUCAGCUGGCCGAAAAGGACGCCGUGAUCUUGGAACAAGCUGCUGCGAUCGAGGGCAAGGACGUCCUGAUUCAGCAAUUCACAGCCACGUGUGGCCGGCUGAAACACGACUGCGAAGCACUGGCAGACAAAGCGUUCGAGUGGAAGACCAAGUACGUCGCCCUUGCAGCUGCCAAUUCGACCGCCCCUCGCGACGAACCGCUGCCUGCCGUUGCGGUCGAUGACAUCCACGUCCUGAGCAGCUCCCCGGAGCUGGACGACGGCGGGGGCGUGUGGCACCCGCAGCGGUCCCGUCGCGCCAGUCGGAACCGACGUCGCAAUAGCCAGACAAGCUAA